AUGUCGUCCGAACCCCAACUACCAAAUAUCCUGGAUGUAAUAAUCAUAGGCGCCGGACCAUGCGGACUCGCCGUUGCUGCACGUCUAGGCGAAGAAACCCCCUCAGCCGUCUUCACCGACGAAGAACACCAACGCUACCACUGGAUAAAGAAACACACCGGCCGAAUGAACCUAGUACAAGCCGGACACAGCAAGAACAACGGUGUUCGAGCAAAUAAAUGGAACAGUCAGACAAUGUGUCCUUGCGACAGCAAAGACAAAGAUCACGAUCAACAAAGGCGUGCAUCCACAGACUCCAUAUCCUCCGUUCCAUCGCUCUCUGCGUCAUCGACUGCAUCGACCUCGUCCUCCAUGUCAACCUUGGUACUCGAUGGAUCGGGUGAUAAAUGGAUGCAACGAUGGAAUAAUGCUUUCAAGACGUUGGAGAUCAAACAGCUUCGCAGUCCGAUGUUCUUCCAUGUCGACCCUGGUGAUCGGGAUGGAAUGCUGGCUUAUACUCAAGAGACUGGACGCGAGGGUGACUUGUGGGAGAUUCCCAAUUGCGUUGGGAAGGAAGUGAGCAAGCACAAGAAGAAGAAGAGAAGACAGGGAGGGAAGGCCCAGCCAAUCGGAGGCGAGAUCGAUGAGCGAGACCGCAAAGAUUACUUUUCGCCCUCUACGGAUCUAUUCGCUGACUAUUGCGAUUCAAUUAUCAAUCGCUAUGGUCUCGAUGAGCCAGGGCAGAUCUUGCAGCGUGAGGCGACGGGACUUUCUUAUGACUAUGUGUCCGAUGGCCCGGAUAAAGUCUUCACGAUUUCCACAUCGACAGGGGAAAAGUUCUUCAGUCGGUCUGUUGUACUUGCCAUCGGACCUGGGGGUGCAGGAGUGUCGAAAAUAUAUCCAUGGAAGCCAGCCAAUGAACAAGAAGGUGCCGCCGGAUGUUGCCACAGCAUGGAGAUCAAGAGCUUCCCCAGUCCCAAUGUACAGGAAAAAAUACAGCGCCGACAGGAGACAAAUGUUGUCGUUGUUGGAGGUGGGCUUUCCUCGGCUCAAAUUGUGGACAUGGCUGUUCGCAAAGGAGUCACGAAGGUGUGGUUUAUUAUGAGAUCUGGGAUGAAGGUCAAACACUUCGAUAUCAGUCUGCCCUGGAUGGGCAAAUAUAAGAACUGGGAAAAAGCAGCUUUCUGGUCUGCCGAUACGGACGAAGAGCGCCUCGAGAUGCUCCAAACCGCUCGCAAUGGGGGCAGCAUGACACCACGCUACACCAAAAUCGUCAAACAGCAUGCCGCCCAGCACCGCGCCUCCCUCCACCCAAACACAGAAAUCAUAUCCCAUACAUACAACCCGACAACCAAAACCUGGACCCUGGAAACCUCUCCACCCAUCCCAACCCUUCCCCCAAUAGACUACAUCUACUUCGCAACAGGCGCGCGCACCGAUGUACGCGAGAUGCCCCUCCUACGCGAAAUGAACGAACAAUACCCAAUAGAAGUCAAAUCUGGCUUCCCUUGUCUCACCAACGACCUUUCAUGGCGUGACGACGUGCCAUUAUUCAUGACAGGUCGAAUGGCAUCACUCCGAUUGGGUCCCGCGGCACCGAAUCUCGAAGGCGCGCGAGUGGGCGCGGAACGCGUGACGUGGGGCAUUGAAGAAGUGCUACAUAAAGGGCGGGAUAUUGGGGAGCAGUGUGAAGGGUUUUGUGGGCUUGGCAACCGGUAUGCGUCGCUGCUGGAUGGUGAUGAAUGA